CGCAUGUUGUGGGUCGGCUGGUGACCUCUGACGCAGUGCGUCGAUGGGACUCGUACAGUACAACGGCGCCGGUUGGCAGCGGCGGCUCGGCUGGACGGCAGCGGCGUUUGAAUCCGUAAGCGGCCUGUGGUCUCCCUGCAUUUGUGACUGUUGGACUUCUGGUUAUUUGUAAUGAGUAUGCUGGAUUGGUCAUGGUCCUCAAUUCAGUGCUGAAGUUGGUUCAGAGGCAGACUUACACCUGCCUGUCUCACCGAUAUGGCCUUUACCUUUGCUUCGGAGGAAUAGUGCUCAUGAUUGUGUCUGCUUUCCAGUUCGGAGAGGUGUUCUUGGAAUGGAGUCGGGAUCAGUAUCAUGUCAUGUUUGAUUCAUAUCGUGACAAUGUAGCAGGAAAAUCAUUUCAAAAUAGGUUAUGUCUACCAAUGCCAAUUGAUGUGGUAUAUACAUGGGUCAAUGGUACAGAUCCAGGUUUGCUAAAGGAACUACAAGAAUUAAGGGAGCAGAUGAAGAAAGACCAGCAUAAGCUGAGAGAAAGUCUUGGAAAUGUCACAGAAGCUACUAUGAAAAGUGAGAAGCAACCGGAAUGUUUGUUAUCGCACUGUGUAAAGGGACCCAUGAUCGUUUUGGAUCCAAGUUUACCAGCAAACAUUACAGUCAAGGAGUUGCCUUCAAUCUUCCCUCACUUCCGUGCUGUAAAGCAUCUGUUUCAAAUACCAAAGCUGAAAAGCCCAUCAUCCAAUAUUACUGUAGUUAUGUUUGAUAAUCAAAAAGAAGUGGAUGAUGCCCUUUCAACAACACAAAACCAAAAUGAUAAACAAUUGGCGUGGAGAGGUUAUCUGACCACAGAUAAAGACUCUCCUGGAUCCAUUCUAAUGCAAAAUCUUGCUUUCUUGAGUGGUUUUCCAGCGUCCUGCAAAGAGGAGGAACAAAUUCGAGCCAAGCUGCCACCAUUUAUUGCAGGCAAAAUGAAACAGUUUCUGUUAUAUUCUGAGGCUGGUGUUGUGCUGUUGUUGCUCAAAAAUCCUAGAGAUUUUGUAGAACUAACCAAACAACCCAAGAACAACAUGACUAUGGAAGGAAAAGAGAUAACAAUCAACCCAGUCUAUUUAUUGUGGGACCUCAGCACCAUCAGCCAGUCCAAGCAGGACGACGAUAUUUCAGCCAGUCGAUUUGAGGACAAUGAGGAACUACGAUACUCUUUGCGUUCUGUGGAGAGAUAUGCACCUUGGAUACGACAUGUCUUUAUCGUAACGAAUGGCCAAAUUCCUUCUUGGUUAAACUUGGACAAUCCUCGUGUUACGAUAGUAACACACCAGGAAGUUUUCAGGAAUCUCAGCCAUUUGCCAACAUUCAGCUCCCCAGCUAUUGAAACACACCUGCAUCGCAUUCCUGGCCUUUCUCAGAAAUUCAUCUAUUUAAAUGAUGAUGUAAUGUUUGGCAAGGAAGUAUGGCCUGAUGACUUUUACUCUCAUUCAAAUGGACAAAAGGUUUAUCUAACCUGGCCAGUUCCAAAUUGUGCGGAUGGAUGUCCUGGGUCUUGGAUUAAGGAUGGCUACUGUGAUAGGGCUUGCAAUAAUUCAGCUUGUGAUUGGGAUGGAGGCGAUUGUCUCGGAAACACUGCAAAUAGUCGUGGUGGUAAUGCUGGAGGAAUGGCAAAUGGACAGGUCUGGCAGUUUGGCGGUGGUCUCCCUGGAUUAACGUAUUGCAACCAAGGUUGUGCCAAUUCCUGGCUGGCUGAUAAAUUUUGUGAUCAAGCUUGUAACAUCCUGUCAUGUGGUUUUGACGCUGGUGAUUGUGGGCAGGAACACUUUGAUCAGAUGUACCGUGUGAUUCUCCAUCCCAACCGGACCCAUUAUGUGCUCCCGAAAGGUGAGGCUUUACCUUACUUCAGUUUUGAGGACGUUGCUAACAAGAUCACAGAGGCAUCAUACGUGGAUAAUGCAGUUAUUCGGCAUGCCUCAGUGGCUAACAAAUGGAAGACCAUUCACUUGAUCAUGCACACAGGAAUGAAUGCAACUACCAUCCAUUUUAACCUGACUUUCCUGGAUAAAAAUGACAAGGAGUUUAAAAGGCACCUUACUGUAGAUGUUGACACCAGGGAAGAUCCAAAAUCAAACCAAACUACCAGCAUGAAGGAAGGAAAGGCGAUAAAUGUCACUGCAUCACCACUGGAAAUAGAAAUACCUUUCAAAGACAUUGCUGAAGAACUGCUUUAUCCCAAAAUUCAGGAAAGGACUCUGGAUCACUUGAAUAUCAGCCGCCACCUUCAUGACCUUCAGUUUAUUAAUGUAUCACUUCUGCCUAUUACUGUUCAAAAUGAGUUAAAAGAAUUAGAUUCAAAAUUAAAAGAUGGGGAUAUUACACUUAAAGGGUACAAUCGUACAAAGUUGUUAAUUUUAGAACCUUUUAGAAAUCUUAUCCAUUCUUCAAAACAAAAUGAAAAUAAAGAGAUGUCUCAGCACACAGGAAUGAUUACUUUGGUAAAGGAUCAGGACUUAUUAAAAAGAGUAUUUGCUGUUACAGUAUAUAAGGGUAAGGAUGAAAAAGCUAAGACUUUUUUGACAAAAGCACAAGUUGAGAAAGAGCAACCUGGAAGAAAUGAACCAGCUAACAAUCCAGUGACUCUAAAUACUUCGUUUAUUAUGAAAGUGAACAGCAUGCUAAAACACCCAGCCAAAGACAUCCCAGACUUCCAAAAAGCUGAUGUUAAGCCCGUAACUUCACAGAAAAUUCUUAAUAUUCUCAUACCAAAUGAGAACAGCAAACUGAAACAGGAUCUGAGUGCAAGGGAAAUUGAAACCAAGUUCAAGCACCAAGAGAAAAGGGAGAAAGCACUGAGAGGAGGCAAUACUGUGGCUCCAGAAGCUGAAUCUAAAAAUAUGGAUGCAGCUCAUGCCAGCAGAAAACUGCAUAAUUAUGUGGAAAAUUAUGCUGGCUUUUUACCUUGGGAGAAACAAGGGUAUUUCCAAGAUCUGUUGGAAGAGAAAGAAAAACUGGAGAAGGCAAGUGCAUAUCACACUGAUGGUAAACAAAUGCGAAGAAAACUCCAGGACACAUUUGCAGACUCACUGCGUUAUGUUAAUAAACUUCUCAAUACCAAAUUUGGAUUUACUUCUCGUAAAGUUCCUGCUCAUAUGCCUCAUAUGAUUGACCGCAUAAUCAUGAGUGAUCUUCAAGAUCUAUUUCCCGAGGCGUUUGACAAGACUUCUAACCAUAAAGUUCGUCAUUCUGAGGACAUGCAGUUUGCAUUUUCAUAUUUUUACUAUGUCAUGAGUGCACUCCAGCCAUUAAACCUCUCAGAUGUUUUUGAUGAAAUUGACACGGAUCGAUCAGGAAUUCUCUCUGACCGAGAAAUCAGGACAUUGGCAACUCGGAUUCAUGAGCUCCCCCUGAGCUUGCAGGAUUUGACCAGUCUGGAACAAAUGCUGAUCAAUUGUUCAAAGGUGCUUCCGACAAAUGAAACGCAAAUUGACAGAGUUCCUCCCACUCAGGAAGCGUAUUAUGACCCCAACCUGCCUCCAGUGACUAAAGGACUUGUGAUCAACUGCAAGCCCGUUACUGAUCGUAUUCGUAAGGCUUACAAGGACAAAAAUAAAUACAAGUUUGAAAUAAUGGGUGAAGAAGAGAUUGCUUUUAAAAUGAUUCGCACUAAUGUUUCUCAUGUUGUUGGACAAUUGGAUGAUAUCCGAAGAAACCCUAGGAAGUUUAUUUGUUUGAAUGACAAUAUUGAUCACAAUCACAAAGACGGAGCCACAGUGAAGGCAGUGCUUCGUGAUUUCUAUGAGUCAUUAUUCCCAGUAGCGUCCCAGUUUGAACUUCCAAGGGAAUACCGCAAUCGAUUUCUCCACAUGCAUGAGCUUCGAGAAUGGAGAGCUUACAGAGACAAGUUGAAGUUCUGGACACAUUGUGUGCUUGUGACUCUCAUCGCUUUCACUGUUUGUUCUUUCUUUGCUGAACAGUUAAUUGCACUAAAGCGAAAAAUUUUCCCAAGAAGACGAGUGUACACAAAUGUUGCUCCUGAUCGAAGCAGUGUGUAAGGGGAACGAUGACAAACUUCUACUUCUGUUCUUAAUCCAAAAUUCAGAUGUUUCUCCAGCAAGAAGGAAGAAAGUGAUUAACUGUAAUAAUCAUAGGAUGAAUUGAAUAACAGAGGCAAACAAGGCUCUGAAUGAACCAAAAGGAAUGGAACUGGGUACAGUAGUAGUAUUACCCUGGAAAGUAGCGGACCAGAAACUGAGCGUAUUUUACAGAAACAGCUGUAUUUAAUGCCAUUUGGGCUUUCUCACAAGCUACAAAAUUAUUGAAAGCAUGAAAGUACAUCAGGGAUGGGAAAUCAGUAUCACAGAUAGAUUUGGUGGAGACAUUCUCGGAAGGAGUCAUUGGAGUACUCAGUGAGAAGCACCUGCGUACAUUGCAGAAAUGGUAUUAUACUCUGUUUGAACUACUGCACUAUUUAAAAAAAACAGUUUGUGAAAUAAGAUGAUCAUACUGUCACUUUGAGGACUGCGAAGAGCCUGUACUGUCAAUUUGACUGUAGGGUCUUUUAUGGCGUUUGAACUUUGCAAAUGUAGUUGCAUUUGAUCUAAUGCUGCACCUAUGUGUGCACCAGAGUACUGCUUGUAUUACUGUAAAAUACAUUAACUGAUGUAAUUUAAAUAUUUAUACUUUUGUUAAUAUGUCAAAAUGCACUAAUUUUAACAUGCUAUCCAAAAGUAUAAAUAUUUAAAUCUGACCACAUCUUUCAUCUCAAUCUGUUCUUCUCCGCACACUCCAUACCUAAGUGCCUGUCCUGGAUAUUACAGAUGACAGUGGCGUUAGAAAUUUUAUUUAUUUUUAGAGGAAUUGGUGCAACUGUGUGAUAGGGUGACCGUAACUUUUAUUGUAUUUGUAUGUUCAAAGUGAUCCAUUUCUUGAAGCAAAUCCAUUUUUAUAUUUUAUCAGAGAUUGAUGUUUUAUCUGUAAAUGUGCAAUUAACCUUUAUGGUCAUUAAUUUUAAAAUAAAAAUCUGGCAUCAAGAUACUAUUUAAAUUUCGAAUGUAAAUUCUUGUCUUUUGCCAACAUACCAGAAUCAGGUUUAUUAUCACUGGUAUGUGACGUGAAAUUUGUUAACUUAGCAGCAGCAGUUCAAUGUAAUACAUAAUCUAGCAGAGAAGAAAAAUUUAAAAAAUAAUAAUAAAUAAACAAGUAAAUCAAUUACGUACAUUGAAUAGAUGUUUAAAAACUUGCAAAAACAGAAAUACUGUAUAUUUUUUAAAAAGUGAGGUAGUGUCCAAAGAUUCAAUGUCCAUUUAGGAAUCGGAUGGCAGAGGGGAAGAAGCUGUUCCUGAAUCACUGAGUGUGUGCCUUCAGGCUUCUGUACCUCCUACCUGAUGGUAACAGUGAGAAAAGGGCAUGCCCUGGGUGCUGGAGGUCCUUAAUAAUGGAUGCUGCCUUUCUGAGACACUGCUCCCUGAAGAUGACCUGGGUACUUUGUAGGCUAGUGCCCAAGAUGGAGCUGACUAGACUUACAGUCUUCUGCAGCAUCUUUCAGUCCUGUGCAGUAACCCCUCCAUACCAGACAGUGAUGCAGUCUGUCAGAAUGCUCUCCACAGUACAACUAUAGAAGUUAAAGGAAAUGC